UGUCCGCAGAAGAGAAGGCGGAUAGUGCGCUAAGAAAGCGCACAAAUGAUAAGGAAAUAAAAGAAACAUUUGACGUAAAUGCUGAUCAAAUUAUGGGGAAGACACCCGAUGGGACGCUUUUCAAUGUUCCUCCGACGUCAGACGUAAUUUCCUCGUUAUUUCAUCCGAAAUAUCCUAAAACACACGUUGAUAUCGUUACUUUGACUAUUUUGGGUCUCCAUGUAUUUGGUUUCUUCGUUUUACCCUUUGAAGUUAGCCAGAAGCUCUACCUCGGACUUUUUAUGUUCUGGCGAUUGGCAUACAAUGUCGGAUUAGGUAUUGUACUCUCAAAACAAUCAAAGCACCACUUUAUCGUCAAUUGGGUUAAGAAAAACGGUUUCUUGGACGCAAACAAACGUCCAAAAGUAAGAACAUGGGUGGAGAAUCAAAUAAAGACUAAAAUGGGUCCUGAGUAUAAGUUUGAUGAAUGUCCUGUUGAGUUCAAUACCUGGAUAUUCUUCAGACAUGCAGUCGACAUCAUUCUCCUUUCUGAUUUCGUCGCUUAUUGUUGUUUUGCGUGGUCACACUGCCGACUUCCAGAUGGACAUGGUGUGUUUUGGCACGCUCUACGCUGGUUUGCGGGUUGGACAAUGAUCCUUUUCAACUUGUGGGUCAAGAUGGAUGCACACAGGGUCAUUCAUGACUACGCCUGGUAUUGGGGUGAUGUAUUCUUCCAACAAAUCCAGUCACUCAAGUUUGACGGUGUAUUUGAACUCGCACCUCACCCAAUGUAUUCAAUUGGAUAUGCUGGCUUUUAUGGUCUCUCCUUGGUUGUUGGUAGCUACACAGUAUUGUUCGGUUCGUUGCUCGCCCAUGCUCUCCAAUUUGGAUUCCUACUCGCAUUCGAAAAUCCCCACAUUGAGCGUACGUACGGCCAGAAGAAACCGCUCGCAGCCCGUGUACCUCUACCCCUCCCUGAGGAUGUUCCAGAUGAAGAUAGCCACAGCAAUGACGAACUUGAGGAUAUAGCAGCAAAGAGAAAGUCAUCAAGUGCGUCAAUUAACCGCGUAGAAGGCUACCCAAAUGCUCCUAGCAACCUCCAUGACCUCGAGCAUAGGUACUUCAGCAGAGAUCUCAUCAUUUUCAAGAACUUCGAUAUAUUCCGCUCGAAUGACUUUUCAACCGCUUUGUUAGUCUUUUAUGCGAUAGUUGCAAGCUUCUUGCCAAAUUUCAAACCUACUACUAGCUUAGUGUUGCAUGUCUUACAUGCAGCUGCCUGGCGUAUUUUUCACUCGUUCGCACUAGGAUGUUUACUCAAAGCACAAAGUGAAAAUAAGUACCUCGUCAAGCAUUAUCUUAAGUAUUACGCCCAUGUACAUGCAGAUGACGCCAAAAGGAGUGCAUUCGAUGCCUGGAAGAGAGUCUAUAACCUCUCGCUCGUCAUGGUUUAUGUGUCUUUCGUCGGACUUGCUUACAAAACCUACGAUUUACCUGUACAGUGGACAGUCGGCACUGAGCUGCUCAAACAUACUGUCGGCGCUCUCUUGAUUGCAUUACAAGUAUGGUGCGCACUCGAAUCACACGAGGUUUUGGGUAAUUUCGGUUGGUUUUUUGGUAACUUCUUCCUCGAAGACUACCCAUCAAGGUUGGAAUACACUGGUAUUUACAGAUACGUCAAUGAUCCGGAAAGAUCUAUGGGCGGUGCUGCUUUAUUUGGUAUCGCACUCAUCAGUGGAUCUCCAAUUACAUUCGCAGUUGCUGUAUUUAGUUAUAUUCUCCACUGGUGGUUCUUAUCCUUCGUUGAGAAUCCACACACACAAAAGCUCUAUGGCAAGGCGGUCAGGAAGACCGGCGGUGCUGCUAGGACCAUAAAAAAUGCGGUCAAGAGUGGUAGAAGAAGAUCGAGCUUGUUUAAUGCCGCUACUGAGAACAAGAUUGAUAAAGUCGCGAAAGAUGUUCAAGGCCACGUCAAUAAAGUUUAUGACGAGACUGUUGACGUCGUUGAGGAAUUUAUCAAGAAUGCAAAACCUUCAGUUAACAAGGUUGUCCAAGAUACACGUGUUCUUCUUCAUCAAUCCAGAGAGAAGCUCGUCAUCACUCGCGUUGAUAAAGAUCUUUCUGCUUAUGAUUUGUCAAAAUACUCCAUUAAUCUUAAGCCUUCUAUUUCGCCACGCCAACCUAUGUCUUACCAUCUUGGUGAAUCAAUCCAAGUUGAAUGGACUGCUCCAGUCAAUCACUCCCGUAAAGAUUGGAUAGGAGUAUACCGCGUUGGUGCGAACAAAGACCAUCUAGUUACUAGAAUCUCCUCACAAGGAAAAUGGCAAGCAAUUCAUGAGGAAGAAUUCGAUGGCGCACGUCCAGUACCUGAGAGACCACAUGUUGAAAAUGCCAGUGGCUCAUCUAGCCAAGAUCUCCAGAAGGGGAUAGUAACAUUCCGUUCAAACAGCCUUCCGUGGAAUGUUGGUAGAUAUGAAUUCAGAUAUCACCAUGCUGGUAAACACAAUGUUAUGGCAUCUUGUGGACCUAUCGAAAUAUUUGUCGAUAAGCCAACAGAUCCUGAUGGAUUCGAACCCGUUAGGAACAACCUUAGCAGAUCAGUUGCAUUUGCACUCGACUGCGAGCCAACACUGGUACCUUCCGCCAGUUGGCAUCAUCUUCCCGAGGAUACACCCUUGGAUGAAGCGCGUAAAAUGCAGGAUGAAGAUGAUAUGGUCAUCAUGAAUGAUACGCAAGCUAAACGUAUAGCUUUGGCUAUAAAAGAAGCUCAUGACGUUGAUUUCACACCUGCUGUUAUCAUAGCUGAUGCGAACCUAUCAAGACUGACCCAGAGGGUGCUAGAUACCCGGAGAGUGCUGGGCAUAGUAGAACAUCGUACUCCUGCGGUGACAGACGGGUAGAGAAGAUGAUAGAGUGCUUCAAUUCGGUCAAUUUUAAAGUGAUUUUCUAUAUGGAAUAACUUGAAUAAAUAAAUUACAAAUGGAUCUAUAACAACCUCCUUCUUGAUGCUGUGCGUUGGUAAGGGCGAAGAACCCAUUCUGUGUCUGCAGCUGUGUUUUCGAUUGUCCCUUGUUUGAUUUCGUAGGGCUUUAACUCAAAUCUAGGACCGACUUCAGCGAGUUGCACUUCUUUAUGUGAGGUUUUAACGUAUACGUGGUGUCUA